GUCUCUCCCUUCCAUUUUUUUUAUUUAAUUACCAAUGCAUUUACUAAAUUACAAACAAAUUGUUAUUAGUAUAUCAUAUUUAUAAAGCACCCCGUUGAUGAACAAAAUCUCAUAAGACAUUCACUUUCUCAUUUCUGUCUUGUUCUAUUUACGAACAUUUCCACAAAUUUUCCUCCCUUCUUUUUUCCGCCAAUCACCGCAAAAACCUUCUAAAAACAUGGAGUUCCAAACCCAAAAUGGCCAAACUUUAGUUCCCCACCAUGAGCCCCAAGUUUUCCCUGAAUGCUAUGAAAGCACCAGCUCCACACCCUAUGCCAGUGCUCCUUCAAGCCCUGGACGGGCGCCUGGACCUGGACCAGGGUUCAUCAAUAGUGGGUUCUUUUACAGUGCACCAGCUAGCCCCAUGCACUUUGCAAUGACAUCAUCAGUUGUUGCUUCUUCAAGGGUGUCAUCAUCAACACAACCCUCUUCUCCUGAUUUCGAGUUCUCCGCAAGGUUCGGACCUACAGGGUCGGGUCAAACAGGAUCCAUGAGCUCAGCUGAUGAGCUUUUCUUGAACGGAAAGAUCAGACCCAUGAAAUUAUCCACCCAUUUGGAAAGGCCUCAGGUAUUAGCUCCAUUGCUGGAUCUUGGACAUGAAGAUGAUGACGAUGACGAUGACGAUGAAACUGAAGAUGCAGAUAACAAAAUAAGGGGCAGAGAUCUGAGGCUGAGGGAUAAGUCCCUAAGAAGAAGAACAAGAUCCAUGUCCCCAUUCAGACAUGCUGCUUUCGGUGAUGACCAAACCAUGUGCUUGGACAAAGAUUCAGGCAACAAAGCUGACACCAAUAAUGGAACAAGUUGUUCAUCAGCUGGGAGAAUCACAAGGAGAUGGGUUUUCUUGAAAGAUUUUCUAAGGAGCAAAAGUGAAGGAACAAACAACAACAACAACAGUAAGCUGUGGUCAACAAUUUCAUUUUCACCAGCAAAGGAAAAGAAACCAGGGAGCAACAAAAUCAAUGGUGUGGUUCAUGAAUCAAAGAACAAAAGGCCAAGCAAGACCAAGGCUGUGAAUGGGAUAGGUAAAAAGAGGGUUCCACCAUCACCACAUGACUUGCACUAUACUGCAUAUAAAACACAAGCUGAAGAAAUGAGGAAGAAGACUUUUUUGCCUUACAGACAAGGCCUACUUGGGUGCUUGGGAUUUAGUUCUAAAGGUUAUAGUGCCAUGAAUGGCUUAGCUAAAGCUUUGAAUCCUGUUUCCUCCAGGUAAAAACUAUAUCAAGUUAACUAGGGACCCUGGGACUAGGAUAUUAAAGAAAUUGUAUUGUUUUUUCUUUUUUCUUUUCAGGUUUAUCAGCUUAACUUUGGACAUUC